AUGCAUUCCAACAUCAUCACUGUGAUCAUCGCCGCGCUCGUCUCCAGCUCUGCUGCUCUCGUCAUUCGCAAUAAGCACGUCGGUGACUUUCGCUUGUUCUCCAACCAAGGAUGCUCGGCUGGCAACCUCGGAGUCUGGACCAUCAUCGAUGACGACGUCAAACACGGCAAAUGUGUGUCGAUCAAUGACUCUGUUCAGUCGAUCUACGCUACCGACGUGAACCAGGGCUGCAAAUUCUAUCUUUACAACGAUGGGGCUUGCAAGGUUGGCAAGACGAAUGCCGCGGAGGGCACCUGCUCCAACACAUCGGAAGGCUGGAAGUCUUGGUCGAUGGAUUGUUGA